CCCCGGUCCGCCCCGUCUGAGGCGGGAGCCUGCUGAAAACCCCCGGCCGGGCCCAGGCGCAGCACUCGCCGCUGCAGCCCCCGUUGUGAGUGCGCCUGUCUCCGGCCAGCGCGUACGUUCCCCUAGCUACCAUCGCCUGUCGGAAUGGCCAACAGGGGACCUGCCUACGGCCUGAGCCGGGAGGUGCAGCAGAAGAUUGAGAAACAAUACGAUGUGGACCUGGAGCAGAUCCUGAUCCAGUGGAUCAGCACCCAGUGCCGCAAGGACGUGGGCCGGCCCCAGCCUGGGCGCGAGAACUUCCAGAACUGGCUCAAGGACGGCACGGUGCUGUGUGAGCUCAUUAACGGAUUGUACCCCGAGGGGCAGGCCCCAGUGAAGAAGAUCCAGGCCUCCACCAUGGCCUUCAAGCAGAUGGAGCAGAUCUCUCAGUUCCUGCAGGCGGCCGAGCGCUACGGCAUCAACACCACUGACAUCUUCCAGACCGUGGACCUCUGGGAAGGAAAGAACAUGGCCUGUGUACAGCGGACGCUGAUGAACCUGGGUGGGCUGGCAGUGGCCCGGGAUGACGGGCUUUUCUCUGGGGAUCCCAACUGGUUUCCCAAGAAAUCCAAGGAGAACCCCCGGAGCUUCUCGGACAACCAGCUUCAGGAGGGCAAGAAUGUGAUCGGGUUGCAGAUGGGCACCAACCGCGGGGCGUCGCAGGCAGGCAUGACGGGCUACGGGAUGCCCCGCCAGAUCCUCUGAUCCUGCCCCCCAGGCCUGCCCCUGCCCUCCCGUGAAUGGUUAAUAUAUAUAUAUAUUUUAGCAGUGACAUUCCCUGAGCCCCUGGAGCCUUCAAGCUCCCCUCUGCCAGGGUGGCGGCCUGGCCUGUCUCCUCUGGGGGUGCCCGGCAGCAGCCUCCCCCCCCACCCCCCUGCUUACUAAUACAUUCCUUUUUCCAAACCCACCACAACUGGACCAAGUGGCCUCCUCUUCUCCCCUGGGACCAAACUUUGGGGCCUCUCUCCUGCCAUUCCUCUUCUCUUUCCCCCUGAGCUCUGUGCCUCAAUCCAUUCCUUGGCUGGGGGCCAGGGAGGCUGCCUUCUGGCCUCUUCUUUCCACAAAUAGGCCUAGCCCACAGCUGUGGCUGCAGGGACUUAAUUUAUAGGGAAGGGCCUGUGGUGGCUGCCCCCCAAGCCACAGCUGGACUGCGCUUGCCACACAUCUGGGGCGGCCUGCCCCCGCAGCAGCCCUCAUGGCUUCUCAUUUUCCAUUCCCCUCGCUGUGGCUAAGGGGCGGGGGCGAGGGGACAGGGAGGGAGGGCUGCCACUCUGGGCUGGGGCUUGAAGAAUCUGAGUUUGCUGAUCUAAAUAAAGAAUCUCCGUC